GGGGUCGCUAGUAGGAUAAUCGUUAUAUAUUCUGUAUUAUUCGCAAGUAUACCGCCGGCUAGCGCCUUAAUGCCUUUGCGUAUAUUAAUAGCCUUAGACUUAUCCUGGAUCAUCUUUGGGAAAUCGCCGACCCAGAAGAAAUAGUUAAUAUAGCCUGACCCCGUCUACCCAUAGUGAGUACUAUAGAUGUACUAACUAUCGAAAUCGACGUCGCCGUUCGCCUCGAUCUCACUAAUAACAGCACCCACAAAGGGGACGAGGAUCUUCUAAUGCUCGUCGUAUUUAUAUCCUCCGGGUUUAUAGGCAAGCUCUAUAUCACCAAAGUAUCGUCCCACGGCCUUCGCGUCUUCAGCAACUUACCCAAACGCCGAUACUAGCGCACCGAAGCCGAAGGCGAGUUACGUGCCGUAAACCGCCUUCUCUAUCUCGCUUUCUACAUUAUGAAGCUCGUACGCGUCGAGUCCGACAUUAACAGCGCCAAAGGCGAAGCCGAUACCCUCCGAGACACGACCGAAAGAUCUGACAAUAGUCGACAGCGAAGACCCGGCCACUCCCCCGCUCCUUAUGAUAGUCUGAUAUCCGCACGUUCUUCGGCCUCUCACUACUUAAGCGAUAAUCACGAUGAGAACAUAGACGAGGAAGCUGUUCAGUAUCUGGUAAAGCAAAGUAUUACUAGCAUCAUCAGUUUCAACAACUACUCACUACCCGUAGGAGCGACCAAUCGACUUAAAAGUCAGGGGAUAACAUACGAUCAUAUCCCUGUAUCAGAGUUCUACGCCCCAACCCUGGAGCAGCUAAACCAGCUGCAAGAUACAUACCGGAGUCAAAAAGUCACUCUAAUAUCCGGUGGCUUCGGAUACGGGCGUGUAGGAACGGCUAUUAGCGCAUUGCAGCUGUUUGCCGGUCGCGCUCGAAGUGACGGAGAUUUCAGGACCAACAAUGUCGAUAGUCCUGAUCAAAUUAGGGUCCUCAAAAAUCUGAGGUCUAUAUUACUUAAUCAAUCGCUCUGAGUCAUGAAGGAUUCUUGUCACAACCUGCGCCGGCGACUGAUCCGUGGGCACCCUGCCUAAAUUCUGCUAGAAGUGCCCCUUCCGGGCUGGAGUGUGUCUGCAAAACAUUGGGGGAUUGCUGGAUUAGGUAGCUUGCUAGUACUAUUUCACGAUUUGAUAUUGCCCAUGGCAGAACACAUACAUAACACUCUUUUGCAUAUCUCUUUCAUGUCUCUCCUACAAUUGACUUCUGGACCAUCACCCAAUUUUCUAGCCACUUGAGCCUCAAUCCGCUUGUCUUCUGCCUUGCUCCAGUCAAGAUAUGCUGCUAUCUCCUCUGUCGUCUCAUCUCGUGGUCCAGCCGCAGUGAUACAGCACAUGGGCAU